CGAGGCAGCAUCUCUGUGGAAUUUAGACUGCCAGCAUUUUUCGAAAUCCCGCCCUGCGACGCAGUCAGUCUUGCCCUGACAUGCUGGCGCAGCGCAGGCUGCUCAGCAAGGCUCUCGCCCUGAUCCUGGCCGCUUCAGCCUGCCGCCUCGCCUCCCGCGGCGGUGCGGGCCACGCCUUCGCCCCUCCGGUGGCCACACUGGCGGCACCCGCGCGAGCUGUGGCGGGCCGCGCUGGCGCGCAGCGCGACGCAGACGCCAUGCUGCUCGAGGAUGUGCUCCGCGGCGCGGAGGCGGCCGCUGCCUCGGCCUUCGUUCCCCCCGCGGCCACGCCGGCGGCACCCGCACGGGCUGUAGAUGACCGCACUGACGCGGAGCGCGACGCGGACACCAUGGCGCUCGAGGAUGCGCUCCGCGGCGCGGAGGCGGCCGCCCGAGGCCGGAGGAGCUCCGACCUCGAGCCGCGGCUCGAGUCCGGAGGCAAGUUCGCGGAGGCGGUCCCAGAGACGGCACUGAACCCGCCAUGGGCAACCUGCUACGUGGAGGCCCAGCUGACCACCAAGUCUGUCAUCGAGGAGUGGGUUAUGCGCGGCGAGAGUGAGGUGAUCGAGUCGUUCAGCGCUUGGCGCCGCUCGUCCGAGGGUGCCGGGAACAUCAAGUGCGUGGACAUCUCCACGGAGGACGCUCUGCAGUCCGAGUGCUUGGAGUGUGCGUUGACGUUUGACUUAUCCGCGGAGGGCACGUUGUCGUUCGUGACAGGACCCUCGGACUGUAUGGAGUCUGCAGCUCGCGGGCACGGCUUCUGCAAGAGUGGCGAGCUCUUGUUGGGAUGAGCACCAUGCGCAUGACUUUGUAUGCCUCUUCUCUUGGGCCUGUCGCUGGCUUUCCGGGCGCGCGCGCGUUGUCUUGGAAGCAUGUUGGUGCUUUGCGACCAUAGGAUAAGCACAACACCGUGCCCCAAAGGGGCCCUGUUGGGCCGUCUUUGGGCCUCUUGCGGCUUACGGGGACCAGUUGGGCGCUUCUUGGGCCCUGUCGGUCCGUCUUGGCUCGUGCCAGCAGGAGCGUUCGCUCCAUACAACGGACAUUUGGCCUGUUGCCCACAGCUUUUCUGCGCGACUCUGUCGACGUGCAGACAACGAACCUCGUCUGCUGUGCAGUGGCUGUUCCUGGUGGUGCCUCGGGUGGGGGUCGUUCCACAGUCGUGGCUCCGUGUUUUUCUCAGUUGCUGCUUGAGGAGACUUCUUGCAGCCAGUUUUUCUUGGUGUUUCACCUCCCCGGGCUUCUGGUGUUGCGAUUUUUGCACGACGCGGGCCCCGGAGCUCUUGACCCCAUCCUUGGGGCCCUGCUCCGUGAAUCGCUGUGUCCCACACUAAUGAACAAACAGUGCCCGUCGUGUUUUCUUCGCGACACCUGGAGGUCUGGGGCCUCAGGGUCUGGGAGCCCCGAUGUUGGGUCACGUGCCACCCAACAAUUUUCACGAUGCCGCGCGCUCGUCGAGCGGGUCGGCUGGUCGGCUUUCUGGAGACGGACUGAUCGUGCCCUCGAGGGGGGUGGACGCGAUCCGAGGCGCGGGGAGGACGGGUUGGCUGGGGCCAGAGAUCGGGCAAGAUCAGCGCAACAUCCACGCGAGUUGGCUUGUCGAUGUACCAGGGAGACGUGAUGGCAAAAGGAAGGGGAGAAGCCCUGCCGCGGUGGCGCGAA